AUGUCCUUAUCCAAAUUCAUUUCAAAAUCCGCCGUGCGGGCGGCAUCAACUUCAGCCCAGACAACCAAAGCCGCGGGUGAUAUCUCUUCGGUCUUUCCUAGCUUGAGACCUGACUAUAAACCCGAACCCCUCCCUGCACGCUUUCAGGAGCUGAAACGGGGGAUCUUUGAAAAAAAUAAAGACGCCCUAACACGAAGUUGGGAACGUUUGCUCCCGAGCUUGGAGGAAGAAGUGCGGCAGAUCAAGGCUCAAGGCAGCGAUAUUAUUCCUUCCAUUGAAUAUGCGGAUGUGGUGUCCGGAAAGGUCUCCGAGGCAGCCCUGAAAGAGAUCCGCCACCGAGGUAGCGUCGUAGUGCGCAACGUGAUCCCUCAAGACCAGGCAUUGGAGUACAAGCAGCGAAUCCGCGACUAUGUGACUGCCAACAAAGAGCGCGUAAAGGCCUUCCCCGCUGAUGCUCCGGCCGUCUACGAGCUCUACUGGACUCCCUCGCAGGCAGAGGCUCGUGGUCAUGGCAACAUGCUCAAUACGCAACGCUUCAUCCAACAGCUGUGGCACUCAUCAGACCCAAACAGCAAGAUCUCAACUUCUCAUCCUCUUACAUACGGGGAUCGUCUGCGAAUCCGUGAUCCGGGUGAUUCAAAGUUCACUCUCGGUCCGCAUAUUGACGGUGGCUCCCUCGAGCGCUGGGAGGACCCAGAGUACGCCCGAGUCUACACCAAAAUUUUGGAGGGCAACUGGGAGCAGUAUGACGCAUGGGAUGCCCGGCACCGUCUAACUGCCAACAUGGAUCUGUACAACGGCGCUGGCGCUUGCUCGAUGUUACGCUUUUUCCAGGCCUGGCUCUCCAUGUCCCACACUAAGCCUGGCGAAGGCUCUCUGCAUGUCUGCCCAAUGAUCAACCACAGCACAGCAUACACCAUCCUGCGACCCUUCUUUGAGACCGAGGGGUCCAAGCCUCUGUUGGACGCCACAUUCCCGGGCUCCGUGCCUGGUGCCUGCCAAGAGUACAACCCGGUCACACAUCCCCAUCUCGACCUUGAGUCAACAAUGGUCUCGGUACCGGAAGUGGCCCCCGGUGACUUUGUGGCGUGGCACUGUGAUUCUCUGCAUUCUGUUGACAAAGAACACCGCGGGAAGCAGGACUCUAGUGUCAUGUAUAUCCCUGCGACUCCGCUGUGCGACAUGAACGUCGACUACCUCCUGAAACAGCGCCGGGCUGCCCAGAGCUAUUCUCCUCCGUGGGACUUCCCCGGUGCGGGUGGGCCCGGCGAGUCCGGAUUCAAGGGUGCUAUGGAUUGGUCUUCGCUGAACACCCAGGGUCAGCGUGCCAUGGGCAUGGGCAGCACACCUUGGGAGAUCACUGCUGCCAUGAGUGAAGGUGAAAAAGAAGCUAUUCGGUCGGCUAACAAGGCCUGUUUCGAUGUGUAA